AUGGCCUGCCCUGAUCUCGGCAUCAUCUCACGAUAUCGACAUAAUGUGGCUUGCUCUACCGGAGGGAAAAUAACCAAUUAUGUGGAUACCUACAGAAGAGGAGAAAUCGGAGUUGUGAUCUGCAACUUCCGGUCACCAAUAUGUCAAGCCCUGGUCCUAGAGAUUGGGGAGACUGUGCAGAUUCUGGAGAAGAGUGAAGGUUGGUACCGAGGUUUUUCCACCAAGAAGCCUUCCAUCAAGGGUAUUUUCCCAGUCAGCUAUGUCCACUUGAAGAAAUCCACAGUGACCAACAGAGGGUUGUGUGAGAUAGUGGUGCCCCUUGAGGACCCUAUCAUCACAGAGACCACCUCCACACUGCAGGAAUGGGGCAUCUUGUGGAAGCAGCUCUACGUGAAACACAAGGUGGACCUGUUCCAUAAGCUUCGCCAUGUCAUGAACGAGCUGAUUGACCUGCGUCGGCAGCUGAUUCAGGGUCACCUCGCCCAGGACCAGACUCGUGAGAUCAAGCGGCACAUCACAGUACGGCUCGACUGGGGCAAUGAGCAUCUCGGCAUGGACCUUGUUCCCAGAAAAGAGUUUGAAAUGGUGGAUCCCGAGCAGAUCAGCGUAUCAGAGCUAUACAAACUGCAUGUAUCCAGCAGACACUGUGGUCAGCAAAGCACAAACCAGGGUGACAGCACGAGACAGCGCCAUGGUGACGGUUGCCGUGUCCCUGUGUCGCACCACCUCUUCGUCAACCUGAAGAGCUUCACUUACAACAGCAUCAGUGAGGAUGCGGAUGUCUUCUUCUCUCUGUACGACACUCGCGAGGCCAAACAGAUCAGUGAGAAGUUCAUGGUGAAACUCAACAAAAACGGAGGACCAAAGAAUCCAGAGAAAGUUGAUCGUCUGUGUGCUCUCUUUACGGACCUGAGCAGUAAAGACUUGAAGAGAGACCUUUACAUUGUUGCACAUGUCAUACGAACUGGUCGUAUGCUGCUGAACGACUCAAAGAAGGGCCCGCCUCAUGUGCAGUACAGAAGACCUUAUGGCUGCGCUGUUCUUGCCAUGAGUGAUGUUUUCCACACCAUCACAGACCUCAAAGAAGAGAAGGACUUUGUGCUCAAAGUUUAUACAUGUAACAACGAGAACGAGUGGUACCAGGUACAUGAGAACAUCAUCCGCAAGUCCAACACCAAGUACUCUGCUCCAAGCACCAACUAUGGCCUGAUCAUUUCCCUGCAGCUGCUACGGGGUGAGCUGGAGCAGAUCCGAAGAGAGAACCAGGCUGUGUUCAACAGGGCCCUGGCACUCACACGCAAACUGGGUUUCCCAGAUGUCAUCCUGCCAGGUGACACACGCAAUGACCUCUAUCUGACCCUGGAACGAGGCGAAUUUGAAAGGGGCGGCAAGAGCGUCCAGAAGAACAUUGAAGUCACGCUCUACGUUCUCUAUGCCGAUGGGGACACACUCAAAGAUUGCAUCAGUUUGGGCAGCGGUGAGCCAAACACAAGUGAAUACCGCUCUUUUGUUCUGUACCACAACAACGGCCCUCGAUGGAGUGAGAUGGUCAAGCUGCCAAUUCCCAUAGACCGUUUCAGGGGGUCUCACCUACGCUUUGAGUUCAGACACUGCUCAACUAAAGACAAAGGAGAGAAAAAACUGUUUGGUUUUGCCUUCACUCCUCUGAUGAGGGAAGACGGGACAACGCUGUCAGAUGAGAGCCAUGAGCUGUAUGUUUACAAGUGUGAUGAAAAUGCCACCUUCAGUAACCAGGGUCUGUACCUGAGUCUGCCCUGCUGUAAAGAAGAUUUCAACAGCUGUCCAAACCUGCCGGCAAACCUGCCCUUUCAGAGAAGCCCCAAAGAAACCCUCUGGGUCUCCACGAUACUCUGCUCCACCAAACUCACACAAAAUGUGGACCUUCUGGCUCUUCUGAACUGGAAGACCCAUCCAGACAGGGUGUUGGACAUCCUCGGCCGAUUACGUCAGAUCAGCGGAGAGGAGAUUGUCAAGUUCUUGCGAGAUGUCCUGGAUACGCUUUUCUGUCUUUUAGAUGACAACACAGAUAAAUACGGGCCGCUGGUUUUCCAGUCACUGGUGUUUAUCAUUAACCUGCUCAGGGACAGCCGUUUCUACCACUUCAGACCUGUCAUGGACUCCUAUAUCCAAAACCACUUUGCAGGAGCUUUGGCAUACAAGGAGCUGGUUCGGUGUCUGAAGUGGUACAUGGACCGCUCAGCCGAGGUUGUGCGGCAAGACCACAUCCAGGAAGCCAUGAGGGCUCUAGAGUACCUCUUCAAGUUCAUUGUCCAGUCCCGUAUCCUGUACUCCAGAGCCACCUGCGGGUUGGAGGAGGAGCAGUUCAGGGCAAGCAUCCAAGAGCUCUUCCAGUCAAUCCGCUUUGUCCUGAGCCUGGACAGCCGCAGCUCAGAGAACCUGGUGUUCACACAGUUUAGGUGUGUGAUGAGCUGCAUGCCUUUCUGUGGUCAUACUGUGGGGCUCUCAUCCAUCACCGCGGCACUGUUGAACAGCUUCCCCGAUAUCUUUGAUGAGCUGCUGCAGAUGUUCACUGUUCAGGAGGUAGCCGAAUAUGUCAGGGGCACCCUAGGGAGCAUGCCCAGCACUGUGGACAUUGGUCAGUCCAUGGACGUAGUCAAACUGCAGUCCAUUGCUCGCACAGUGGAGAGCCGCCUCUUCUUCUUCCCUGAGUCUCGUAGUAUCCUGCUGCCAGUGGUUCUGCAUCACAUCCACCUGCAUCUACGCCAGCAGAGGGAGCUGCUCAUCUGUUCUGGGAUCCUAAGCAGCAUCUUCUCCAUAAUUAAGACUAGCUCCAUGGAGUCUUCUGUUCAGGAGGAGGUGGAGAUGAUGGUGGAGAGCCUUCUGGAUGUGCUGCUGCAGACUCUGCUGUCCAUCUUGAGCAAGUCUCACUCUGUGGAGACAUCCAGGGGACAACGCUGUCCCCAGUGCACUGCUGAGAUAACGGGGGAGUAUGUGUCCUGUCUCCUCUCUCUGCUGCGACAGAUGACAGAGAUCCACUUUCACCAUCUAUUGAACAACUUCCACAGCAAGGAGGAGCUGAAGGAGUUCCUGUUGAAGAUCUUCUGCGUGUUCCGCAAUCUAAUGAAACUGACUAUCUUCCCCCGAGACUGGAGUGUCAUGAGGCUUCUAACGAGUCACAUCAUCGUGGUGACAACACAGUUCCUCUCUCCGGCGCUGCACAAGAACUUCUCAGAGGCCGAUUUUGAUUUCAAGGUGUGGAACUCUUUUUUCAGCCUCACUGUACUGUACAUCAACCAGCCCAGUCUGCAGCUAGAGGCGAUUGGCCCGGCUAAGAAAAAGAAAACUCUUGACAAGCAUGGAGAUAUGAGGGUGAUGAUGGCUUAUGAGCUCUUCAGCAUGUGGCAGAAAUUAGGAGACAACAAGCCCCACUUUAUCCCAGGAAUGAUGGGUCCCUUCCUUGGCGUCACCCUGGUGCCUCAGACCGAGGUUCGAAACAUUAUGAUCCCCAUUUUCCACGACAUGAUGGAUUGGGAGCAGAGGAAAAAUGGCAAUUUCAAACAGGUGGAGGCAGAGCUGAUGGAUAAGCUGGACAGCAUGGUGUCGGAUGGGAAAGGCGAUGAUAAUCACAGAGAGCUCUUCAGCCUUUUGACUCAGCUGUUUGGUCCUUAUCCAAGCCUGCUAGAGAAGAUAGAGCAGGAGACCUGGAGAGAGACGGGGAUCUCAUUUGUCACAUCAGUCACAAGACUUGUUGAGCGGUUACUGGAUUACAGGGACUGCAUGAAGGGAGAUGAAAUGGAGAACAAGAAGAUUGGAGGUUCUGUCAACCUUAUGAACUUUUACAAAUCAGAGGUCAACAAGGAAGACAUGUACAUCCGCUAUAUCCACAAACUGUGCGACCUGCAUCUCCAAGCAGAGGACUUCACAGAGGCAGCGUUCACCCUGCUGCUGUACUGGGAGCUGCUGCAGUGGGAAGACCGGCCCCUCAGGGAUUUCCUCCACUACCCCUGUCAGAGCGAGUGGCAGCGCAAGGAGAACCUGAGUCGUAAAAUCCUGCACUACUUCAACAAGGGAAAGUGCUGGGAAUAUGGCAUCUCUCUCUGCCGGGAGCUGGCUUUCCAGUACGAGACUUUAUAUGAUUAUCAGAGCCUCAGCUGGAUAAGGAAAAUGGAAGCAGCGUACUAUGACAACAUCAUCGAACAGCAGAGGAUUGAGCCAGAGUUUUUCCGAAUGGGCUUCUAUGGCAGGAAGUUUCCUUUCUUCCUCAGGAACAAGGAGUUUGUAUGUCGCGGCUAUGACUAUGAACGGCUUGAGGACUUCCAGCAAAGGAUGCUGGGGGAAUUUCCACAAGCUAUUGCCAUGCAGCAUCCAAACCAACCUGAUGACACCAUCCUACAGAGUGACGCACAGUAUUUGCAGAUCUAUGCGGUGACUCCAGUUUCAGACAUCUCUGAUGUGCCUCAGCUGGAGCGUGUGCCCGAGAGGAUCAAGAGCUUCUACCGCAUAAACAAUGUCAGCCGCUUCCACUAUGACAGGCCUUUCCACAAGGGGCCCAAGGACCGUGAGAAUGAGUUCAGGAGUCUGUGGAUCGAGAGAACAACCCUGAUCCUCUCCCGUCCUCUCCCGGGGAUCUCCCGCUGGGCCGAGGUGGAAAGGAGAGAAGUGGUGGAGGUGAGCCCUCUCGAGAAUGCUAUUUAUGUGGUGGAGAAUAAGACCCAGGAGCUGCGGACUCUGAUCAGCCAGUAUCAACACAGACAGCAUCAUGGCAACAUCAACCCGCUCAGUAUGUGCCUAAAUGGGGUCAUCGAUGCUGCUGUGAACGGAGGCAUCGCCAGAUAUCAGGAGGCCUUCUUCGAUAAGGACUACAUCAGCAGUCACCCAGAGGACACGGAGAGGAUCACACAUCUGAAGGAUUUGAUGCAGGAGCAGGUGCACAUCCUGGGAGUGGGUCUGGCUGUUCAUGAGAAGCUGGUGCAUCCAGAGAUGCGCCCCCUGCACAAAAAGCUUGUGGACCAGUUCCACAUGAUGAGGACGGGUUUGCAUCAUGGUGUGCCUGGUGUGGAUCGAUUUGGCCCUGCAGGCUGCCAGGGGGUCAAUUCUCCAAGGGGGAUCCUCUCCUCACACAGCCACAUGAGCCCUGAGAGUGUACGCCUCAUGCACAGACACAGCCCUCUAAACCUCCAGGGUUCAAUCCGUCACUCGUCCUCCUCCCUGUCCUCGCACACAUCGAGCGAGGCAGGAAACCUUGUCAUAAUGACAGACGGCCUGAUGGGGGAGCACCCGGAGGAAGCAUUACACAUGCAGCCGAGUCCCUCCUCCUCCAGCCUGAGCUCUAUUCGUUCUAACUCUUCCCAGAUUAUUAACUCGGCUCCCUCAAGCGCCAGAGGCUCCCCAUCAUUGCCUGAUAAAGCUAAACACAACCGAGAAGUGAUGAUCCUGUUGCCGUCUCACCGCGAGAGAGCCGGCAACUCCAUGUACUACAACAUGGCAGAGAACGGACAGAACAACCACAUGCAGCGUGCCUUACUCCAGCAAGUUAGCCCCUGUAAGCCGUGUGCUGAUCCUCACAUGAACCUACCAGAGAAAGUCUUUCCCAACACUCCUAACAGCUGGAGCCUGGAUGGAGAGAACAGGGAGCAGGUGUCCUACAUACCGGCUUCCACAGGAGGAGCCAUGAUGCCUCCAGUCCCACCCAGGUCCUUCCCACCAGGACACUUCCUGAUGCACUGUGAUGCAUAUCACCACCAAAGCAGUGACCCCCCUCCUGCUCUGCCUGUCCGCUCACUUCGAAAGUCUCCUCUCCACCCGAUCCCCGGCUCUCCCACCAGUCCUCAGUCCGCUCUGGGUGGCAGUAACUCCACCUUGUCAGGCAGCGCCAGCAGCGGCGUCUCCUCUCUGAGUGAGAGUAACUUCGGAGGUCAGUAUCCAGAGCCCGGCCCCAUCAGGAACGAUGCCCUGGAACCUCUUCCCAGUCACCUGUGGUCUCCCCCUGAUGAAUACCUCCCCUCUCCCUACCUGCACAUCCACUACGGCGGACCAGAGAUCGACUCCAUGGACCCCGUCCGCCCAUUCCACUUCCGCAGCCCCACCUCACACCCCCACCCGCACAGUCACCCACAUGGCCACGCUCACGGCCACCCCGGAAUGGACCCGCACUCCCACGGGCCGCCGCCUCAUCACCACCCUCCCACUCACGGCCCUCACCACAUCCCGUACCGCCGGCCUCAGCCUCCGGCUGUGCCGCCGAAACCCUACCUUAGAGAGGGCUGCAUCCCCGAGGAGGACCUGCCGCCUCAGCCCAUCCCGCUGCCCCGCAGGAUCUUCCACUCCCCUCACGGCCACAGGGAGGAGCAAGGGAAGCACCCAUGGGAGCAGUGCAUCAGUGAAGAGCAUGAGGAGACACAGUGAUGAGCCGCGGCUACAUUUACCUGAAAGCUUUCUCUUCUCUCGUCUUCCUGCCUUCAUUUGCACUGAGUUUAAAGGGCGGUCAUAGAAAGAGUCUUGUGUGUUUGGUGUGCUCUUCUCGGUGCUCAUGAAGGCAAGAAAAGAAGAAAUGAAUUUCCAUGAUUCUUCAGAAACCACAGGCACAACUGCCCUCAGAGCUCUGUGUGGCCUCUCAGAUAUGAGAAAAAGAAAAAGAUCCGUCGAACAAUAACACAGACUAACUUUGUUCGGGAAAUUGAUAUUGAUUGUACACACUUGUACAACUUGUCCGUGAGCAUGUUUUUUUCAUUUGUGAAAUACAACAACCGGGAUCUCAUCAUCCCAGGUGCAGUAUAAGCUCUGAACUCUCUUAAUUUUUGUUUUCCUUGUCAUUUUCACAACAAGAGGCAAAUCCAGAAGGUUCUGACUCACGGUGAAGUGACUUCUACGCUUUAAAAGCUUCGAAUUCUUAUUUUAUUUUGAUAAAUAAAUACAAAAUACAUUAUAGUGUUUUCAAAUGCUUAUGUCCGUUAUGUUUUUUGAAACACUGUUAAGUGCUCCUUAAUAGUGAAUCAUAUCAAAUGGCACACUGUAAUAUGUGUUGCUGUUGGGCUGUCAUUAAUCGCAGGUCUCUAAAGUUGGACUCUCCUCUUGGACCAGCAUCUCAAGGGACAUGAACUUUAGUCAGUGAUGAUUUCUUGUCCGUACCACAUGUACGGAAACCUACGUGAAUGUAUUCAGAUGAGAUGUUCUAUUUGUGUUGCACAAGCUGCAAUGCUGUCUUUUUGUUCAAGUGCUUUAAGUUCAGUCUCUGUUGCAGAAGUUUCUGUUUGUCUCUUUUGUGUGACAAAGAUAUCUCCAGAAGUCAAAGUGUGGAUAAGACGAGAUGAAACGAGAACUCUGCACACCUCCACCACCUGCUGGACGCUUUUAGCUAACUUCCACACCGCUCCCACUCUCUCUCUCUCCCUACUUCUAUUUCCUCCUCUGCAUGGCUGUCAGACCAUAUCAAGCAGUGAGCGCUGCACCUGGACAGCUGCAGUGUGAUGUGUUGUGACUGACGACGCUGUCCGGACCCCACGCCCCAUCCCAAGAUGCUGAGUGGAUCCCACUCAGACAAUAUCUGGAAUCGCCUACCUGCCUUAAGUGCACUCAAAUGCAGUUUUACCUCUCAUCCGGACUGUGAGAAGCUCAUUAAGGACAGCCGCUGUCCUUUUCAUUCUGCUCACUAAAUGCUCCCUGAAAGAAAAAAAUAAGAUGUCUACCUAUAGUGAUGUUUUUGUAUGGCUUUGUCCCGCUUUGGUUUCAGAUUGUUGUUCAGUUCGUAGCGCUAAUAUUUCUUCUUCUGCCUGCGGCUCUUUCUCAAUCACCUUCUGUUGUGUGAAAACUAAAGAUGUGUUUCAGAAGACUGAGAGAGAGGUUUUACUUUUUGUGGAGCAGAAGAAGCGCGCUCUUUAUUGUGAUGAAGUGGGUUUGGAAGGAUAUAGCUAAUAUUUUAACAAUUACUUGUUUUUCCUGGUUGCUGUUUUUUCUUUUGCAGGUGGAUGCUUUGUGUUACUGUACAUCGAGUUGUCAGCUGACGAGACAACAUCUAUUUUUGUAUGUGAGAUCAUCAGUUAUGUGAACAUAUUUCAGAAACCGUACUGAGACAGGAGGCCAAGGUACUGCAUGAGCUGCUGUACUGUGUAUGGAAAUGGACCUGAGGUUAGAUAGUAAAUACAGUAUGUGAGUAUCUCUUGUGAGCUUGGUGGCGUUGAGGAUAACUGGUGACUGAAGUGAUACUCAAAAUAUAGGUACAAUAGAAUUUUUCAAUGUAAAUUCUGUUAUUGUACAUACAGCAGUAUUGUGAAAUAUUUUUGAGAAUUAUUGCAGAGGCCCCAAAAAGGUGUAUUGUUGUUUUGUGUAUAUACAUGUACUCCAGAGAUCAAUGUAAUUGAUAAAUAUCUAUAAUCAGUGUUUGAAAAAGGACAAAAUCCAUUAGACCGUGACUGUCUGCACCGUUCUUGACUUUGAGUCCUCUCAUAUAAAUACUUUAUACACUUUUCAAUGUGCUCUCCUGUACAUAUGGUGUAAGCAUGAUCAAACAGUGUUUGGUUGUAAAAGUGGUUUUCCUACUCCCAUAACUGCUGUGGUAUGGAAUUCAUUAACGAUGCCAAACAUUAAAGACAAUCUUUUAUCAGCUCUAA